UUUUUUGUCAAGUUUGGAUUUUCUUUAAAUUUGUGCUUCAUUUGUCACGCCUCUUUGGAAUAUAUUUCGGGAUUAAAGGUGGAUACUUCACGACGCGCAGAAGUCAUUUUGAAAAAGUUCGCACGGGAGGAUUGUUUCUCUUUGACGCAGGAGCGCGCAACUUGUCAGUGCGACUUCGUCUGGAGUGUUUUUUUUUUUGACUUGAGUCGUCCCAGAAAUGGUGGGGCACCUACAUUUACAAGCGAUGGAUGAUAGCCUGAAAGGAAAGAACCGGGAAGGGCUGCUCGACAGUCCGGAUUCGGGGUUGCCUCCCAGUCCCAGUCCGCCCUUCUGCUCACUCUCUCCGGGUCUGAUCGAGUCGCGCUCCGGCAGCUGCACGACGCCCGUCGAAAGUCAUCAUGGAUAUUGUAAAAAGGAAAUCAGAGAAGGCAAACUGCUGCCCUACCUGCUGCUGAACUCCACGGGCACAGACCCAAAGACUCGCAUGCACCCCGUGUUCUUCGGAGAAAGCAUCGAGGUCAACCCCAAACCAGAGCAGGAAAUCAAGUGCAACUCCGAGGUCAAGUACGACUCCGACAAGCACUACCGGGACCAGGUCUACUGCGCCCCUGUUCCCACGCCCACUUCCUUCAGCGAGACAGUGGUGGCUGUGCGAAACUGCACUUGGAAGAGCUAUAAGUCCCAGGUGUAUCUGGAGCCGCGGCAGAAACCCAUUAGCUACCAGAGCACCACCAUUAUCUACCCGAAACACGCCAAGAACACUUACCGUACCACGCUCAACUACAACGCCACGGGCUCCCGCCGCUGGUUUGUGUCCACGGUGCAGCUGGAGUCGAGUGAGGAUACUAGUCCCUGUAUCAUCUACACAGAGGACCUGUAGGGCCUAGAGCACAUAGGGAGAGGGCUACCUGGUGAUCAUCCUAUUUGUUUUGGAGGACAAGGAACUUGGGAAGGCCCGCAUUAAAAGGGAAAUACUUCAAGUAAUACCCGGAGCCCCUAAAAACCCUACUCCGUUCAUCUAUACUCGCCAUGGAGGAAACUCUGGGAACCCUUUUGUGACAUUUCCCCUGAGUGACAUUUCCCCUGAGUGUUUUUAGACUUUCUACUGUUGCAGUCUUUAAAAAGGGAGUCUGUCCUCUGGCAGUUUAAAGCUGCACUUCAAUGGUUAAUGUCUUAUUUAAUACAAGAGCUGACAAAUUGGUGGCCUUUGCGUUCUUUCAGUUUGGAUUGGAACCUCAGUGAAGGUAACAGACCAUAGACGUCUGUGUAUGUAGAGAAACGUCAAGAUGGCACGUGUGGUGGAUUUCAGCCGAGCCUGCACAAACCCAUUCACACCAAUGCAAAGCUUUCUAAUAUGGCUCUGUUGCACUUGUUUUCUAUAUAUCACAGUCUUCCCAGUGGACUUGGCUAGAUGGGGGGGUGGGGGGGGAAUUUCAGAACUGCAUAUGAAAAAUUGGACCAAAGAUAGUUUGAACAGUUUAUCUCUUUGUAAAAACUGCACACACAGACGUAACACUUGGUUUUGUUGUACAGUUUUAAUUAACACACAUUCAAACAGCAGCUUGUGUAGUUUGAUCAAGCAUUUAAUUAAACUCAACUGCACACUGCCAGGUUUAGAAUUACAGAUCACAGCACAACAAAAACAGAUUGCCUUGAGAAUAUUUGAAAAAGGGAGAUAACAAUAAUAAAUAAUACCUGUUAAACCUAA